UGCGUGAGUGCACCUUGCAGGCCAGACGACGCGUGAUGUGCGGUUGCACUCCCACAUACACCGGUAAUGUAUGUAAAAUUCGCAUUGUGCAGAUAUUCUGGGACGGGUGACCUUGCAGCAGUGCCCUCAAAUUUCGAGUGCGGGAAUUCGUAGAUUGAUAUAUUCUUCACAGUUCUGCUCAGUAUUUGUAGGCAAGCAGUCCUGCGGACCAAAUCGUCCUAACGUCAAGUUUUGGUUCAAGCAUUUCAAACUUUUGUGCGAACUAAAAAAAAACAAAACAAAACAAGAGUGAUGGCACCAAAGAAUAUAGUCUACGGCACCGUAGAGGUCGCCCAGGAAGAUACCCCUGAGGAUGACACUGCCGCCACCAACCCCUUGGACGACGACCCAGACAUGCCGAGCACGGCCGAGGGGCCGCCCCGCACGGCGACCGGUACCGCCAAGCCUGGGGACCCGUCCGAAAACCAGACCAGGAUCGUCUGGCGGAACGUGAUUUUGAUGGCAGCAUUGCACGUGGUCUCGGUGUACUCGUUCUUUUUCCUGACUUGGAAAUGCCGCCCCUACACCUUGCUUUGGGCCGUCGGUAUGUAUGUCUGCUCGGGCCUGGGUAUCACUGCUGGUGCUCAUCGCCUGUGGGCCCAUCGUUGCUACAAGGCAAAACUUCCGCUUAGGAUUCUUCUGGCCAUUUUUAACUGUAUGGCAUUCCAGAAUGACAUCUUCGAAUGGGCUCGCGACCACCGUGUUCACCAUAAAUACUCAGAAACGGAUGCAGACCCACACAACGCCACCAGGGGCUUCUUCUUCUCCCAUGUGGGCUGGCUGUUGGUCCGUAAGCACCCUAAGGUCAUCGAGAAGGGGUCGAAGAUUAACCUCCGGGACCUCAUCGACGACCCGGUGGUCAGGUUCCAGCGAAAGUACUACCAGUCACUGAUGUUCUUUUUCUGCUUCGUGGGACCGACUAUAGUCCCCAUUUAUCUGUGGGGGGAGACAUUCUGGAACACGCUGUGCGUGGCCACGCUGCUCCGCUACUGCUUCCUGCUCAACUGCACCUGGAUGGUCAACAGCGUGGCGCACCUGUGGGGCUCCCGACCCUACGACCGCUUCAUCAACCCGGCCGAGAACCGCCUGGUCUCCUCCUUGGCCAUCGGCGAGGGCUGGCACAACUACCACCACACGUUCCCCUGGGACUACAAGACGGGCGAGUUGGGUUGGCGGAUCAACUUCACCACCAUGUUCAUCGACCUGAUGGCCGCCCUGGGUCAGGUGUCCGACAGGAAGGUCGUGCCCAAGGCGACUAUCGUAGCCCGGAAGAAGCGCACUGGUUCGUUGGUGGCAGCGGCGGGAUGCGAUUAGACAGCAUUUACUCAUAGGCUUCUACUUUAAAUUAAAAGAGUUUUUUGUGCAUGUAGACAGUUUUCCUUCUGGGGAUUUCCUUUGUUGAUCGUUGAAUUAAUGAUUUACAUUCUAAGAGCGGGCGGAACAACUUGAACUCUGAACUAACGAUGAAAGUCAAAUAUGCUUGUCUUUACAAAUGCGAAUUACAUUAAAGCUUCUAGAAAUGACUGGUGUUAUGCAAUCGUUUCCAACAACGGAGUGACGUGUGCAGUAUUUCUUGGCGUUAGCUUAAAUUAUCUUACAGUGUAAAGUGAAUUUUGACUAAUAAGCGUUAGUCAUUCCCUAUACCUGAAGUGACGUUAAUUAGUCAGGUAAGCCAAAUGGCCAUCACUUAGUCAAAUAUAAGUCACAAAUUAGCCACGGUGAUUAAAUAAAAAAUUCUAAAAUCACAAAACGCUGGUCAUCUGAUUUUUGCUGUUAGCCAUUUAAAGUCAUUCUUUGAAGGCACGAAAGACUGAACUUUAACUGAAGAUAACUAGCUUCAUAGCUGACUUCAAAGUUCAUCUGAAAAAACUAGAUAUAAUGUAAAGAUAACGAACAGAUCCAAUGAAAGCAAAGGUUUAUUGUUUGGAUUUGCCUUAAUUCAUUAUCGAGAUUACCCAGCGAUAUCUCAAGUCCUACCAGGAGGUUCUCAAAAAAAUACAUGCACGUGUAGUUUUUAACUUUAUUGGUCAGUUAACAGUAGUUUUAUAACCAUCUCCAAAUUUAUCCACAAGCAACUCAGUCAUACAAUAUUUUUUUCACCACACAAGCAAGUUUGCACUUUAAAAAAAGAUUAAGUAAUAAAAAAUGACGUAUUUCUUGUUGCAGUAGAGUGAUACAACGUGAAGAAAGAAAUGUUGCCCCCAGCUCACCUUUUCUUCGCGGUGGAAUCCUUAGAAUGAUGCUCCUCGGUCCAUGUCAAGUAUUCUCGCUGGUUCACGGCUCAGUUGUGGUGUAUUUUACAUUUAUAUUCUAGACAGCUACAUUUACCAAAAUAACCACAACGUGUUUUUCAUAUUACUUCACGAUUAGCAGUGACAUUUUAGGAAAAUUAGUUUCGUGUUUUAUAUCCGGUUCGUAGGUGACUUUGUCACAAAGGCGGAAGCGCCACAAUUUGCAGGCUCCCAUUGGACGAUCGCUGAAGUUGCGCGUUAACUUCCGGUUCCAUGUAAACGGUGAUCAGUGCAUGAUAACUCUAUGUCCAGUGCAUGUGCAGUGGGCAUGGUUUAAACUAAAGUGAAGUCACACUUAAGAACCGGAUAGAUGUACCGAGGUGUGACGUCAUUUUGGACCAAGAAGUGUAGUGCAAAUGAAUGGAUCCUCACGCGUGUUGGUUCACAACCAUCCAAUUCGUGACUUUGUCAUACAUGCGCACGCACCACAAAUUGCUCCCAUUGAUGAACCGAAAAGUUGCGCGUUUAUAACUUCCGGUUUCAUGGUUCCUCACACUCUAUGUGCAGUGGACGUGGUUUAAACUGAAGUGACGUCACACUUACGAAUCAAGGUUGCGUUUUGGCGGUCUUAAUAAGAAACGGUUCGGCUGUAAUUUUUCAUAGAUUUUCUUUGGUAAUUUUAAUCAAAUAAGAAUUGAGUGCGAUGAUGUAGUACUCAAACCCUCAAAGCGAUUAACCAAAGAGAAACAAACGAACCAGUCCUUGGUUAUGACCGCCAAAACACACCCCAGAUAAUCAGAGCGCGUGACGUAUUCACUUUGGUACUCUCUAAGGAAAGCACCGUUUGUAAUUUCUGUGUUAAGAUAAACAAAAGCAGUGAGUGUUUUGAGGUAAGAAUUAAAACAAUGCAUUGAAAAAUUAA